CCGAGACGAACAUUGAAGCUUCCAAGUUGGAAGUGUUGAAAUGAACCUCAUCGCUACGACAAGCAGUCUACUUCACCUAUCAUGGCGGUGACACCUACACAAUUUGCGCGCACGACGCGGACGUCGGCCAAUUGGAACGACUCAAAGCGACGAGUUAUUGCGGCUUAUCGAGAAUGGAUUCGAGCAGCACCCGAGAUCCAGACCAUGUACUCGGUUCCCUUCCCAGUCUCCAAGAUUCGUACCAAAAUGCGACAAGAAUUCGAGCGACAUAGAUUCGUGAACAAGCUACCUGUAGUCGAUGUGCUACUUUUGCAGAAUAACGCGGAGUAUCAGGUCAGUGAACCCACGACUCUUCGUUGAUAUAUGAUCAAAGAGGCAUUACAUGAAAGAACGUUGGGUGGACCGAGAGAGUGCAUUUGCUAAAUGAUGCUCUAUAGGAAACCAUGAACUUCUGGAAA